UCUUCCGAAUUCCCCUCAGGGUUUGGAAGAUAUUUGACAAAAUAAAAAACCUGAAAUUGGGGUUUUUGUUUUUUAUUUUCAGUCUUUUGUUCUUAUUCCUUUUUUUUUUUUUUUUGAUCUGGGUGGCAGAGGGGCCUAGAAGAAAAGCAUUGUUGUGAGGGAAAUUCAUCCACCGCUUUGCUAUGAUUCAAUUUCAGACAAUGGAUGGAUCAGAGGAAUCAUUUAUUUGCCUUUCUAUAUUGCUAUAUUUACAAAGAAGAAAUAAGGAAAUAUACGUGGUGCGAUACGGAGGGCCACUGAAGUUGUGAUUAUGGAAUGUAAUAAAGAGGAGGCUCUCAAGGCCAAAGAGAUAGCAGAGAAGAAGUUUACAGGGCUCGAUAUUAAUGGGGCAAAGAGAUUUGCUUUAAAAGCCCAAAACUUGUAUCCAGAACUUGAUGGCAUUCCUCAGUUCUUGGCAAUUCUUGAUGUUUACAUAGCUGCGGAGAAGAGAACAAACGGGGAAGUUGAUUGGUACAGGAUUCUUGGUGUGGAUCCCUUGGCGGAUGGGGCCACAAUCAGGAAGCAAUACAGGAGAUUGGCUCUUAUAGUGCAUCCUGAUAGAAACAAAUCUGUAGGUGCAGAUGGGGCUUUUAAACUUGUAUCUGAAGCCUGGACUUUGUUGUCUGAUAAAGGAAGAAGAACUCUCUAUGACCAGAAGCGGAAUCUAAGGUCUAUCUAUGAGCAAGUUUCGGAUGGGAGGUCAUCUAUAUCAACUGGUCAGAAUGGUUUUCCUAAUCUCUUCAACAGCAAUAAUUCAAACGGAAGAUAUCAUCAGAGGCCCGCUUAUUAUUGGCCUCCUCCUGCUCCUUCUCAAGAAAGUAGACCCACAUUUUGGACGAUGUGCAUUGAUUGCAAGAUGCAGUUUGAGUAUCUUAGGAGGUUUAUCAACCACAAUCUUGUGUGUGCCAACUGCCACAAGCCGUUUUUGGCUUUUGAGACACCACCCCCACCUCUAAAAGGAAACGCUUCAUCUACUUUGUGGAAUUCCUACCAGCGGCGUCAAAAUUCUAGUCCACAAACUGUAAUGAACAACUCAUAUCCUCCAGGAAGGACACCUGCAUCUACUACAAAUGUUGGACUUGCAGGACUUUCUGGAAUUGGAUCAUCAGAGAGAAAUUUUCGGGCAGGUAUAUUCUCUGCAGCAGGAGGUGUUGAAAGCACACCAGCAGCAACUUUUUCUGCUGCUCAAGCUGCAGGCACUCUUCGUCCAGCGUUUGAGCGAUUGAAGAGACGGCUUGAAGAGGCAUCCAUAGAUGGCAAGAGAGAGGAGAACCAUAAGAUCAAGUCUCAUGAUUUUAAGGUAGCAGGUGGUGGACUAACUUCUGGGUCUUCUGGUGCUGGUUCCAGUUCUGUGCUCAGAAGAGACAAGCCUGAGAAAAGAAGACGUGCAAAUGGCCAUGAGACUGCAACGCAGAUGGGAACUGGAAAUGGGGGAGUUUUCAAAGAAACGAUAUUUGGAUCACAAAAGGGUAGUUUCGGUGCAAAAAGGAUGAACAUAGCUGGAAAUGGUAGAGUUAAUUGCACAAGGGAGCUGUCACAGCUAGAAAUGCGGACUAUAUUGAUAGUGAAGGCUAAGAAAGAGAUUCGCAAGAAGCUUAAUGAAUGGGGAAUAGAUGGUGUCUUCAAGACCCAAUACAAAGUGGAGGAAAGGGAGAAGGAGAAAGCAAAAGAAAAAACUGCUAACCCUGGUGUAAAAGCAGAUAUGAGCAAAUAUCAGGAACUUUUGGAUGCUAAGAAAGAAGAAUAUGCCAGAAAGGGUGCCCCUGUUAAAUCUGAUGUUGAUUCUGAUACAAAGGGCCCUGUUCCGGUGUCAAUGAGUGUUCCAGAUCCAGAUUUUCAUGAUUUUGAUGGGGAUCGUACAGAAAAGUCGUUUCGUAGUAACGAGGUUUGGGCUGCUUAUGAUGAGGAUGAUGGGAUGCCGCGUUAUUAUGCUAUGAUUCAUUCUGUUAUAUCGUUAGAUCCAUUCAAGAUGAGGAUCAGUUGGCUUAAUUCCAAAAGCAAUGAUGAACUGGCUCCCCUAAACUGGAUUGUUUCUGGUUUUCCUAAAACAAGUGGAGAUUUCCGAGUAGGCAAGCAUGCUGUUUCCCGUUGUCUUAAUUCCUUCUCACACAAGGUUAAGUGGACAAAAGGCAUAAGAGGAACCAUAAAAAUAUAUCCUGCGAAGGGAGAUAUUUGGGCUCUAUAUAGAAACUGGUCUCCUGAUUGGAAUGCACUUACCCCUGAUGAAGUGAUACACAAAUAUGACAUGGUGGAAGUACUUGAAGAUUAUAAUGAAGAGCGGGGUGUGAAUGUUGCUCCACUUAUUAAAGUAGCUGGUUUCAAGACUCUGUUUCGCAAGCAUCCAGACCCUAGCAAGAUCAGGACUAUUCCCAGAGAAGAGAUGUUUCGAUUCUCUCACCAGGUCCCUUCUUACUUUUUCACAGGUCUUGAAGCUCAUAGUCCACCUAAAGAUUGCUGGGAGCUUGAUCCUGCAUCUACACCAUUGGAACUCCUUCAGGUCAUUGCAGAAGCAAAUGUAGAAGCAAUGGAAACAACUGCAAAAGCUAAGAUAGAAAAUCCACUGGAGUGUUUGAAAAACCCCACCAUAGAGGAGGUGAUGAACAAUGGACGAGAAGCGAUACAGAGGGGCAACGAAACAAAGGAAAAAAACUUGCUAGUAUAUAGUAGGAGACGGUUGAGGGAAGGAAAAAGGCUAUAGGAUGCUGACCAAUGCCAUUUUACUGAUCUUAACUUAAAUGGUAAAGGUUCACCUGUUCAGGUAUAUAAUAGUGGUUUGAAAAAAGUUUUACCAAGGUACAGCAGUUAUACAGCAAUUUUGCCCUCUUUGCUGCGUAUUGGUUGGUCUAUAGUUUUACUUGUAAGUCAGGCAAAGCCUUCAAAACUAAUCUCAGCUCUUUCUAUAACUUGAACAUAGUUUAGAAGGGAACUUCUUUUUGUAAUUUCUUCAGUACCCCUCCUACAGGACUAAUACUUUGCAGCUGGUCAAUCAUAUGGACCUAGGAGCUGCAUGAAAUUUUGAUACACCUCAAAAUGCUUUACCGUGUUAGUCGUUUUUUGUUAUCCUGGACUUGAAUUACCUUUCAACUUCUCUGUACUUGAACAAGGUGUUCAUAUAAAGUCUCUUUGCUUUUAUUAGUGCA